AUGCCACGCUCCUUCCUGGUUAAGAGCAAGAAGGCUCACACCUACCACCAGCCUCGUGCCCGGGAGGAUGAGCUCCUCUGGCCUCCUGCCCUUGGUCCUGUGGCCAGGGACCAGGUCCUGAGUACCAACCCUGUCCUCAGCACCCUGUUCCCAAACCAGUGCCCGGACUGGACUGACCUCAAACGGGAGCCGGAGCUGGAGCUGGACCAGAGCUUGAUGACCAGGAUGGCCUCCGCCCCCGAGGGGCCGGCUGUGACGUCCCGACCCCAGGAUGGGGGAUCGCCAUCCUCCGACUCACCCCCGUUCUACAAGCCCAGAUUCUCCUGGGAUGCCCUGGCUUCAUCCUAUGGGCACAGCUACCAGCAGGCCCCCUCCACCAUGCAGUCUGCCUUCCUGGAGCGCUCCGUCAGCCUGUAUGGCAGCCCUCUGGUGCCCAGCACCGAGCCGCCCUUGGACUUUAGCCUCCACUACUCCCCGGGCUUGGACGCAUACCACUGCAUCAAGUGCAGCAAGGUGUUCUCCACCCCACAUGGGCUCGAGGUGCACGUCCGCCGCUCCCACAGUGGGACCCGGCCCUUCGCCUGCAACGUCUGCGGCAAAACCUUCGGCCAUGCAGUGAGCCUGGAGCAGCACACGCACGUCCACUCCCAGGGGAUCCCGGCCGGGUCCAGUCCCGCGCCCAGCCUGGCAGUCCCGGGUCGCGAGGCCCCACCUGCGCCUGACCCCCAGGGGCCUCGUUUCCUCCGGCAGGGGCGCAGCUUCGAGUGCCGGAUGUGCGGCAAGGCCUUCAAGCGCUCGUCCACCCUGUCCACCCACCUGCUCAUCCAUUCGGACACGCGGCCCUACCCCUGCCAGUUCUGCGGCAAGCGCUUCCACCAGAAGUCGGACAUGAAGAAGCACACCUACAUCCACACUGGUGAGAAGCCACACAAGUGCCAGGUGUGUGGGAAGGCUUUCAGCCAGAGCUCCAACCUCAUCACUCACAGCCGGAAGCACACGGGCUUCAAGCCCUUCAGCUGUGAGCUGUGCACCAAAGGCUUCCAGCGUAAAGUGGACCUGCGGCGGCACCGCGAAAGCCAGCACAACCUCAAGUGA